UUGUAUGUUUGUAUUAAUUUGAGUGUAAUUUGAAAUGUAUAUAGCUAAUAUCCAGGAUUAACACAUGUACACCUUUUUAUGCUUUUUAAGGAAAAAAAUGAAACAGAAAUGAAAAAAAAUGUUACAUCCUCUGAUGUAGAGGUCUGUAGCUUGACUGACAAUGUGCAGUUACAAUACACUCCAAUUGAUGUUACAAAUGAAGAUUGGAAUGUUCCUGGGACGAGUCAGCAACCCACGGUGGCUCCUUCUCCAAAACUAUGGAAGCCUCCUCCAAAAAAGAAAACGAAAAUGGACAAGACUGCAUUGUUAUUGAAAAUGUUACGUGAGAAUGAGGCAAAAGCAAGAGAAUCUGAGAAUGAAAGAGUUAGUUUAGUGUUAGAGCUUGAGAGAGAAAGGAUACGACAGCGUGAUGUAGAGCUUCAGUUGCAAGCUCAAUUGUUGGAGGUAAUGAAAGAGAUUUUAAAAGUGUUGAAUAAAUUUGUGGAUGACAGAAAUAAAUGAUGAUAGGAAUGGAUGUUCAUAAAUGUUUUGAAAGGUGAUCUCUUUG